GAGUAAUACGAUGAGUGGCUAAGCAUCGUGGCGCGGUAGUCUCUUUACCAUCUUUUUACAUCCCAUUUCAUAUCGUGUAGUACGAUUCGAGCGAGGUACUGACGUUUUGUGCCACUCGCAUGGCCGACAUAUGCAUUUCGAAGUUUCUACUCGCGUGGAGUCCCUUGUGUUGCCGUUGUAAUCGCUAAGAUCUGUUGCCUAUAAAGAUAAAACCUUAAAUCGACUGAGUGCAUCGUUGUCGUUUUGAAGCCCAAAAGUUUAGUGUUAAGUGUACCGUUUGAACGUUAUGCCUUGUACACGUUCGACCUGACAAAAUCCGGUUUGAACUGGAUUUCGGCAGGUUUUCUGCGAUAAAUGGACUGGCCGUUCGCUUCAAAAAACCUGCGAACCGGCUUUCCCGACGGAGGGAGCACGCGUUUUUUUUCCACCACCCGGAGCGUCCAUCCAGGAACUUAAUACGGAGUCAUUAGGAGCGACCACGCGAUUUCCAGCCCAACAGCAAUGUCGAACGAAGAAACGUCCGCCGACCGCAAUGUCGAAAUCUGGAAGAUCAAGAAACUUAUUAAAAGCCUUGAAAUGGCCAGGGGGAACGGCACAAGUAUGAUUUCACUAAUUAUACCGCCAAAGGAUCAAAUUUCGAGAGUAAGCAAAAUGUUGGCCGAUGAAUUCGGUACAGCAUCCAACAUCAAAUCUCGUGUAAAUAGAUUAUCAGUCCUGGGUGCCAUCACAUCGGUACAGCAUAGGCUAAAGUUAUACACCAAAGACAAAGUACCUCCAAAUGGCCUGGUUAUUUACUGUGGUACGAUUGUAACGGAAGAGGGGAAGGAAAAGAAAGUGAACAUCGAUUUCGAACCCUUCAAGCCUAUCAAUACUUCUCUUUACUUAUGUGAUAACAAGUUCCAUACCGAAGCACUUACGGCGUUGCUAGCCGAUGAUAACAAGUUCGGUUUCAUUGUUAUGGACGGUAAUGGAGCACUUUUUGGUACUCUUCAAGGAAACACGCGCGAAGUCUUACAUAAGUUUACGGUCGACCUUCCUAAAAAACACGGCAGAGGAGGACAGUCUGCCCUUCGUUUUGCUCGGCUGCGAAUGGAAAAGCGGCACAAUUACGUCCGAAAAGUCGCCGAAGUGGCUACCCAGCUUUAUAUUUCUAACGAUAAACCGAAUAUUGCAGGUCUGAUUUUGGCCGGUAGUGCUGACUUUAAGACAGAGCUUAGUCAGUCUGACAUGUUUGAUCCUAGACUCCAAGGUAAAAUAAUAAAAUUAGUGGACGUUUCGUACGGAGGAGAAAAUGGUUUCAACCAGGCUAUCGAAUUGGCAGCUGAAUCUCUGCAAAAUGUGAAAUUCAUCCAAGAAAAGAAACUAAUUGGACGCUAUUUUGAUGAGAUUUCGCAAGACACGGGCAAAUAUUGCUUCGGAGUCGAGGACACAUUGAGAGCCUUGGAAUUAGGUAGUGUAGAGACAUUGAUUUGUUGGGAGAACUUAGAUAUUCAGCGAUACGUUCUUAAGAAUCAUACGAACAGCGAAGAAAAAGUUUUGCACUUAACGCCGGAACAAGAAAAGGACAAGACUCACUUUACCGACAAAGAGAGCGGGGUAGAAUUGGAAUUGGUGGAAUGUCAACCUUUGCUGGAGUGGCUUGCAAACAAUUAUAAGAGCUUCGGCGCGACAUUAGAAAUUAUCACUGACAAGUCUCAGGAAGGUUCACAGUUCGUCAGAGGUUUUGGUGGAAUAGGAGGUGUUUUGCGUUACAAAGUGGAUUUUCAAAGUAUGCAGCUGGAUGAUGUUGAAUUCGAAAACUUCGAUCUGGACGAUUAUUAAAACUAUUAAAUAUACAGACUACUCGGUUCUCUAUGCUUACGAGAGAAACGCGCCAGCGUGUUUACUCAGUCGCGUAGUCUUUUAAAGAGAAAUACUUUUGAAAUUUCACUAAUGGGCAGUUUAUAAACAGAGAAUCUUUACAAUUUUAUCUAGAACUACGCGACCAGAGAAAACUCAAGUUUGUUGACGUGCACGAAAAAGAGCAACACGAAGACUGUGACACUUAAUAAGCCAGCAUGAUACCUGGAUACCGUCUUUAAAAAAAGCACACAAAAACAAACAACAAAUUCUCCGAAUUGUACGAUAAUUAAUCAUUCUUUUCUAUUAUUCACAUGGAUUUAUAUAGUCCAUUUUUGAACUAAAUAUUUAACUAGGACAAUUGUAGAGUGCUGCGAAAUAUCGGACACGACCAUUUUGUAAAUACUGCUGCUGCCUUUUUCAUUUAUUACAAACGUUGUUGGCUCAAAAUUUAAUUGACUUAUCGUGCACUUGUAACAUUGACUCCUGUUCUUACAAAAUCAUGAGAGUUCUGUAAUAAACUGAUUCUUAAAAAAACAAAAAAAAAAAAAAAAACAAUUUGCCUACAUCGUGCAUUUUGUAAAAUGCAUAUGAAUAAUGAAAGUUCAAUCUGCAAAAAAUUCAUAUCGCAUUUCUGUUUGUUCUUUGAAUUUAGUUUUCUUGUUAUUUUUUUUAAAUUGGAUUUGAAUUUGAUAAAUGAUAGAAAUUCGGGAUUCAACUGGCAUAUCCGUCUCUUUGAAAAUAUAUAUACAUAAAUGUAUGAGAAGUUUUGCCUUAAUCGUGUCAUAGUUUUGUACGGCGGCUUCCUUAGUUUUCUAUGGAAUGUGAUUCCCAGAGCAUGAAGGUUAAGCGAAGUGCUUACUAAAACUUUGCGUAAUUUUUCAUUGCUUUUAUCAGGUGUUUUGCGAAAUUCCCUAGGUGAAACGAAUUAUUAAAACUAAUUAAGAAAC